AUGAAACUCAUGCCACCAAAACAAUUGGGACCUCGAUGCAAUGGGGAAUUAUAUUCGAAACGUAAUAAGAAAUGUAGUCUCUUCAGUGAUGGUAAAAGACAAGAGAUUUUGCAAGAUUUUUAUUCAAUGAGAUCUUUACAGUUACAAAGAGAGUACAUUGCAAGGUACAUCAAACUGGAAGAAAUCAAACAAAAAACUAAACAAAAAGAGAGUGGUCAUGCUGAUUUAAAAACCGAAAUAAAUAGUUUAAAAACUUCUAUUGAGGGUAAAAUAUCACAUUUAGUAGACGAUAUUAAAGAUUUAAGAAAGGAAAAUACUGAAUGUAAACAACGAAUUGUAGAGAGCGAAAGAAAAUUGAAAAAAUUUAAUUUAAUUGUCUAUGGAGUACAAGGUAUUGAAACUGAUACAACUGAUGAACUCUUAAAAGUUAUAGGAGACUACUUACAUUACAUGUAA